CUUAUUGGUCAAAAUGCCAGUGGAGAGAAUGAGGAUGCGGCCAUGGCUGGAGGAGCAAAUACACUCAAACAAAAUCCCAGGUCUCAAAUGGCUAAAUGAGGAAAAGAAGAUUUUUCAGAUCCCAUGGAUGCAUGCCGCAAGACAUGGGUGGGAUGUUGAAAAAGAUGCACCUUUAUUUAGAAACUGGGCUAUUCACACGGGGAAGUACCAGCCAGGAGUUGACAAAGUCGAUCCAAAGACAUGGAAGGCAAACUUCCGAUGUGCUAUGAACUCCUUACCUGAUAUUGAAGAAGUCAAAGACAAAAGCAUCAAAAAAGGAAACAAUGCGUUCAGAGUGUACCGGAUGCUGCCGUUAUCGGAGAGGCCAUCAAAAAAAGGAAAGAAACUCAAGACAGAGAAGGAAGAAAAAACGAAACAGAUCAAGCAAGAACCAGAGGAAUCAUCUUGUGAACUAAGUAAUGGAACAAGUCAGGGGUUUUCUGAUUACUGCUUAUCUCCCACGAUAAAAACAGAAGUUGACAGUACAAUAAAUAUUGUAGUCAUAGGAGAUUCGCAUUUUGAGGGUGCUCCUGAUGAUCAUAUGAUAGUUCCCAACCCCCCCGAUGUUUGCCAAGUAGUGGAGGUGACUACGGAGUCUGAUGACCAGCCCAGCAGUAUGAGUCAGCUAUACCCACUACAGAUCUCCCCCGUCUCCUCUUAUGCUGAGAGUGAAACAACAGAUAGCAUCCCAAGUGAUGAAGAAAAUGCACAGGGCCAACUUCAAUGGCAAAAAGAAAAUAUUGGCAGCAAACAGUACUACAGCAACUUGGCGACAAGGAACCCCCCUUACCCACUUCCUGGCAUGGCUACCUUUGUGACUUCCAACAAGCCUGACCUCCAGGUUACUUUCAAAGAAGAAAGCUCCCCUCUGCCUUACAACAGCCCGUGGCCUUUCCCAGACCUCCCUCUCCAACAAAUCAUGUGUUCAGCAUCUACCAGUUACAGCAGCAGGCCAGACCAUGAAAACCGGGCAAGCGUCAUUAAGAAAACGUCAGAUAUUACCCAGUCACGAGUCAAGAGCAGCUAAGCUAUAAACUGGUCUGUCCCCAGCUGUUUUUGUGUGUGAUGUCUUUGAGGAGCACAUCUAAUGUACAUUGAACAGAUCUAAGGGGGCCUUUGCAACAUGAUUGUGUCCAACUCCAGUACUGGAGCAUUUCAAACUCAGGACUCCAGCCAUCAGAAUGUAGACAAGAAACCCGAAGGAAUCCCGAGGUUCCAGCCCAGGAAGAGAAGGCCCACUUUGGUAGGUUCCAGUUCUCCUUCAAGAGGACCAACAACAGCCCCCACAAAUGGAGUUGCCGCACCGCUGCCGUCAAGGCCACAGUGAAACUGAAAGCCUUGGAAUGGAAGAGAAAAUGUGAACUAGCUGGAUUUUUUAAAACAAAUAAUCUAUUGUGAAUAUGUACAUAGCGCAGUACUAGCAAUGUUGCAGUCUGCUUUUGCACCUUAUUACAAAGCACUUGCAAAAAAAAAAAAAGGCCUUUCAUUACUUUGCUCUAAUUAAUGGCACACCAGCAAUGCAAUCCGAU